UUUAUAUCAUUUGAAAAAACGUCAACGUCAUAUGAAAAUGCUGUAGGAAAUAGGAAAGAAUAUUCAAAUAUGGUUUACGGGAAAAUUAAGAAACUACUGCCAGACAACCAAUUGAAUUCAACUGAAAUUGUUCUUAUAGAGAGCCCCUUUCUUGAAACUAGCAGGAGUGGAAAAUAUUUGCGAUCAGUUAUACUUGGAUUAACUAAUGCUAAUUUUGCAAUCGCAUCUAUGGUCUAUUGCAUUAAGUUUGAAAAAAAUGAGGAAGAUACCCCAAAGUAUGACAAACAAUUAAAACUCUACUAUUUAUAUUCCCUUGACGUUAUCAAAAUAUAUGUAUUCAAACAACAUAUGCGGAAUUCAAUUAAAGCAGUUACCACACACGGCGUCAGAUAUUUUGAAAUGGCGAGUACCCCAAAGAAAAAGAUUUUUUGGGAUUUAUGGUGCAGCUAUAUCCAAGAAAUAAACAGUAAAACGAGAUUAUGGCCUUUUAAUUGCACAUCGGAUGUGAAGAUAAGAAAGCCGACGUGGUUGGACAAACAUUUGUUUUUGGGUGAAAAAAGAGCAAUAGAAGACAAAAAUCGUCCUGUACCUGUUCCAGGCUUAGGUGAUAAUGUGGAAGUAAAAUCUCUCUAUGUCAAACCGCAAUAUUUUGGACAUUGGGACGAAUCCGAAUAUUGGGUACAAUGUGGUUAUAACGCCAUGAUUUCUGAGAUUUAACUCGAAGUUUUUGAAAUUGCUCUUAGAACACAUUUAUUUUCAUUGUGUCUCAUAAUUGUGAAAUUAAGAUGGAAUCCUAAAAUGUUUAGUUUUUGUUAUUGAGAAUAUAAUUAAAAGAAAAUAUAAUAGUUUUAACACGUU